AUGGAUGUAGCUGAUACAUAUGCCACACAAAGUCAAGUUAAAGAUGAUGUUGGAAUCCGGUGCCAAAAAUUGUUUCAAGAUUUCUUAGAAGAGUUUAAAGAAGAUAAUGAGCUGAAAUACGAGAAACAGGCCAAAGAGCUUCGUAAGCCUGAAUUAAGCACAUUAGAAGUUAGUUUUGAUGAUGUGGAGAAGUAUAAUCAGAAUCUUGCCACAACAAUUAUUGAAGAAUAUUACAGAAUAUAUCCAUUUCUUAACCAGGCCAUAUUGAACUAUGUGUUAAGCCUUGCAGAUACUGGUAUGAAAAAAGAUUUACAGGAUAAAGAAUGCUACGUUUCAUUUGUUGAUGUACCCACAAGGCAUAAAGUGAGAGAACUGACCACAGCAAAAAUUGGCACUUUAAUAAGGAUAUCAGGGCAAAUUGUUAGGACUCAUCCAGUGCAUCCCGAGCUUGUUUUGGGUACAUUUGUCUGUUUAGAUUGCCAGACUGUUAUUAAAAAUGUAGAACAACAGUUCAAGUAUACAAUACCAGCGAUAUGUCGGAACCCGGUAUGUGCGAACAGACGCCGUUUCAUGUUGGAUGCAGACAAGUCAGUUUUUGUGGACUUCCAGAAAAUUCGAGUUCAAGAAACCCAAGCAGAACUGCCUCGCGGUUGUAUACCGAGGUCACUCGAAGUUAUAUUGAGAGCAGAAGCAGUUGAAUCUGUACAGGCUGGAGAUCGCUACGAUUUCACAGGAACACUAAUAGUAGUGCCUGACGUUGGCUCACUAUCUUUGCCGGGAGCAAAAGCAGAACUGACCACAAGAACUCGGCAAGGCAAUGAAGGGCAGAUGGAAGGCAUCAAGGGCUUAAAGGCUUUAGGAGUUAGGGAGUUACAUUAUAAAACAGCAUUCCUGGCAUGUAGUGUUCAAGCAACGUCUCGACGCUUCGGCACCGGAGAUUUGGCUACAGAUGACUUGACCACCGAAGAUAUGAGGAAACAGAUGACUGAUAAAGAGUGGGAUAAGGUAUAUGAAAUGUCGCGGGACCGCAAUCUCUACAAUAAUCUCAUCACGAGUCUCUUCCCGAGUAUCCAUGGCAAUAAUGAAGUCAAGCGAGGCAUCUUGUUGAUGUUGUUUGGAGGCGUUGCCAAAACUACUAUUGAAGGCACAACCCUGCGUGGUGAUAUCAACGUGUGCGUGGUGGGCGACCCCAGCACGGCCAAGUCGCAGCUGCUGAAGCAGGUGAGCGAGAUGACGCCGCGCGCCGUGUACACCUCCGGCAAGGCGUCCUCUGCCGCCGGUCUCACCGCUGCCGUUGUCAAGGACGAAGAAUCAUUCGACUUCGUAAUCGAAGCGGGCGCGUUGAUGUUGGCGGACAACGGAGUGUGCUGUAUAGACGAGUUUGACAAGAUGGACCCCGGGGACCAGGUCGCUAUACACGAGGCUAUGGAACAGCAGACGAUUUCCAUAGCAAAGGCCGGUGUGCGUGCAACCCUUAACGCGCGCACGUCUAUCCUAGCAGCCGCAAACCCUAUCGGGGGUCGCUACGACCGCGCCAAGUCUCUGCAACAGAAUGUCGCUCUGAGUGCACCCAUCAUGUCUCGCUUCGAUCUCUUCUUCAUACUCAUCGACGAGACCAGCGAGAUGGUGGACUAUGCGAUCGCUCGUAAGAUUGUGGACCUCCACUGUAAUAAGGAGGAAACAUACGAUUGUGUAUAUACAAGAGAGGAUCUACUCAGAUACAUAGCUUUUGCAAGGUCCUUCAAGCCCAUUAUUACUGAGGAAGCGGGUAAACUCCUUGUGCACUACUACAGCGUGCUGCGCGCGCGUGAGGGCGGCGCGGGCGCUUGGCGCAUCACAGUGCGCCAGCUCGAGUCCAUGCUGCGCCUGGCCGAGGCCAUGGCCAAAAUGCACUGCAGUGGCCAAGUGGCUGAUCAGCACGUGCACGAGGCGUACAGAUUACUAAAUAAAUCAAUAAUUCGUGUGGAGCAGCCAGACAUACAUCUAGACGAAGAGGAUCCGCAAUAUGAACCUAGUAUGGAUGUUGAUCAAGAAAUACCCAAUGGCACAGGUUCCACAGAGAGUCAAGUGAAUAGUGACCAAUCGUCUAAGAAGAAACUGACGCUCUCGUUCGAAGAAUACAAAACAUUGAGUAACAUGCUGGUCGUGUUCAUGAGGAAGGAGGAAGUGGAGGCAGAGACCAAAGGUGAAGAAGGCUCGGGCAUGCGCAAGAGUGCAGUGGUGAGCUGGUACCUGGAGCAGCUCGUGGCUCAGGGGCAGAUAGAGAGUGAGGAUGAGCUGGUGGAGAAGAAGACGCUGUUGGAGAAGGUCAUUGAUCGGCUCAUGUAUCAUGACCAAGUAAUAAUCCCGCUGCAGACGACGGGGCUGAAAUCGAAGUCGUCCGACCAAGAAGUAGAAGACGACCCGUUGCUCGUAGUGCAUCCCAACUAUGUGGUCGACACG